GUAUUUCACACCACAGAAAGCUGUUAAUUUAGCGAAAAAUCGGUCUGUAAAUACAGGAGAGAAUCAGUAGGUGGCAAACAAUGGAGAGUGAAAUAAUUUAAUUGUAACAGAAAAAAUGUAUAAAUGCCGUAUUUUUUCCAGUGUUUUGUGAUUUCUAGGAUCCGGUAGUCGAAGCAGUAUAUUUAUUAUAAUAGUUUACGUCUGGAAUUGAAUACGCCUGUACUGGCCAUCACGUAGGUCGUUAAUGCGCUAAUUUUGCAGCUAAAAGAAGUUCAAGUUUGCAGUUUUCCCAUUAUAGAUAAUUUUAAGCAGAGUAAUCACACCUUAAGGCUCUUUUCGAUUUGCAAAUAUCUGUGACGAAAUGUGACUGUGGGACAAGAGAAUAAUUUAUUACAGUACCGAAUUAAGUUCCGACCUACGAAAGUUGCUGGUUCUUUUACAGGACUGUACAUAAUGGGAUUUGAAGUGAAUCGAUUUCAAGGUGAAGUUGAUGAAGAACUGGUAUGUCCAAUUUGCUCAGGAGUACUAGAAGACCCACUUCAGGCUCCUGUCUGUGAGCAUGCUUUCUGCAGAGGUUGCAUCCAGGAAUGGAUAUGUCGUCAACCAACAUGUCCUGUUGACCGACAAGCUAUCACAUCUGCACAAUUGAGACCAGUACCUCGGAUAUUAAGGAACUUACUAUCAAGAUUGUGCAUAACUUGUGACAAUGCCAGCUAUGGGUGUAAAUCUGUUAUGAAACUGGACUCUCUGCCCUCUCAUCUGGAAGAAUGUGAACAUAAUCCCAAACGGCCAGUGCCUUGUGAACAAGGAUGUGGUCUGGUUAUUCCAAAAGAUGAACUGAAGGACCAUAACUGUGUUAGAGAACUCCGUGCCCUCAUUCACUCACAGCAGCAAAAAAUGGCUGAUUUCAAACAAGAAAUGGAAGAACAACGUUUCCAAAUUAGUGAACAAAAAAGAGAACUACAACUUCUGAAGGACUUCAUGCGAGCUAUGCGUAUAUCAAAUCCAGCUAUGCGAGCCAUUGCUGAUCAGAUGGAACGUGACGAAGUACUACGAUGGUCAAAUUCAUUGACAAGGGCUCGUGUUACUAGGUGGGGAGGAAUGAUAUCAACCCCUGAUGACGUGCUUCAGGCAAUGAUCAAGCGUACCUUGUCAGAAUCUGGUUGCCCACUGCACAUUGUGGAUGAUCUAAUGGAGAAUGCACAUGAACUUCACUGGCCACCAGGUCUUUGUUCAUUGGAAACACGACAGAAUAACAGGCGCCAGUAUGAGAAUUAUGUGUGUAAACGAGUUCCUGGUAAACAAGCAGUUGUGGUACUUCACUGCGACAACAGCCACAUGAGCGAUGACAUGAUAGUAGAGCCAGGACUCGUCAUGAUUUUUGCACAUGGAUCAAACUUCAGUCGAGCAGUUGUGGAGGAUAUUGUGGACUAAGCAGUGUUCAGCGUUGAGAUCCAACCAUCAGCUGUACACAGCACUGUUCAUUACUGUUAAAUACACAUAUUAAGAUCUACAAGUUAAUGUAAACAGAAUGUUUGUUCUUUGUUUUCAAAUUGUCUGACGGAUGUAUCUGAAUCACUGAUCUUGUUCUUCCCAUGUGCUGUUUUAAACAAAUAAAAUAAAUACAUUGUUUCUAAGGGAAUGUA